GGGGAACGGUCACGCGCUUCCGCCCGUCGCGUGCCUCGCCAGGGAAUAAACAGGGCCGAUGCGAUUCGCGGCCGCAGUCACCGAACCUCCUGUGUGUGUAUGUGUCUGUCAGCCAUCACGAUCGCCCGCGAGUCAUGACUUCUGUGCUCCACUCCGUAUCUCGUCGUCCUGCGUCCGAGUGGCACUGAGUUUUGACCGUCUGUUCGCGCGACACACGUGCCUCAGACUUUGUAAAAAUUAUUGCAAGUCCUCGUUCUGUCCGAGGAGAAAGAGAGAAAGAGAGAUUUCUAGAGUAUGAGGAUGUCCCUCGUCGCCAGUCCAAACGUCGCGACGUGGUUUCAGGUUUAACUCUCUGAGAGAAAGUCAACGAGUUUUAUUACUCCUGCCGUGUCACACACUGAGAGAUCCAAGUAUGAGAGGCCCAGCGGAGGAAAAUGGAUACCGGUAAAAAAGUGUCAGCAUGCGCGAAAAGUCAGCAGAAUGUCAUGCUCACGCAGGUCACGUGAGGGGCACGACAGAGAUGUGCUCGCGUGAUCCACCUACACUGCACCCGACCUUCGCCAAGGCAAAUGGUAAAAAUUCAAGUCCCCAGCCAGCUCAUCAUCCCGAGGCGCAGCAGCGUAACAGCGACAGCAGCCUGCUGCCGACUCCUGGAGGUCGCUUGAAAUUCUUCAAAGAUGGAAAGUUCAUCCUGGAACUGUCUCACCGCAGGGACGGAGAAAAGACCACGUGGUUUCCCGUGCCGAAGAAGACCUUUUGGCCACCCGCAAGCACCAUCCCGAAUCGCCAGGAGAGCUCUACUUCCCUCAGUGUCUCCGAUGACAAUUCGUCGGUCCAGUCCAGUCCUUGGCAGAGAGAUCACUGCUGGAAGCAGACGCAUCCCCGACGCAGGAUAACCACAGAGUUCAAUUUUUAUUAUCGUCGAAAUCCCAAGACCCGCUUGUGCGCGCAUCUUCGCUUAAUAGCGAGGAAACGCAGGCGCCCGUUAGACUCCACGACCGCGACCUCAGUUCCAGAAUCAACGACGGCCUAUUCGACGAGAACGUCGCGGAAACUGAACGGCACGUCGUCGUCGUCUUCGUCAUCGUCGUCGUCGUCGGGCAAGGUUCUGAGUCUGAUCAUCGAUAAGCUGGCGCGUCUGCUAGAUCCCAAUGUGGUGUCGCCUCGCAAACGCAUACUACGAGAGCUGGAGAGAGUCUCGCUGGAGGAUCAGGCAUCCAAAAGACGGGCGACUCCGCAACCGGUUUGCACGACGAGUGCGCCGCCGCCGACUCCCUCCGCGAAGCAGGUGUCAUCGUACAGCAUAACCAGUAUCUUGGGGGAGGACAAGCCGAGUACCGAACCGGGUUUCUUGCGGACACUGCUGAAGCCGGACGACCGGCAGCCUGUGAAAUACUCAUCGACUAACGCCUAUCCGAGGGUACGAAUCGAUCCCUAUAUCGGAUCCGGCAAUACAUCCGUUCAUCAUCCUCUCUACGGGAUACCGAUGUUGCCACCUGGACCGUACAGGGCGCCUCUAUGGAUGGCGCCUCAUUAUCCGUCUCCCGUCCACUACCCGCCUCCUAUGCAAUUGUACGCAUCGCCGCAUUCUCAUCCAUCGUCUCCACAUUACAAAGGACUACAGAACAAAACUCUUACACCUCCUUCAGAUAUGCUCUGA